GUGUGGUUUGUUUGCCUCGAGUGACCUCCUUAUUUUGAUCCUCUAUUUUUUUUCCCCCCCCCUCUCCCAGGUCUAUAAUUAGCAGAAGAUUUUUCUGUAUAGUUGGCACACUGUACCUGUACCGGUGUAUUACAAUGUACGUGACCACGCUCCCAGUACCUGGAAUGCAUUUCAAGUGUUCUCCAAAGCUUUUUGGAGACUGGGAAUCUCACCUGCGAAGGAUAAUGAAAUUGAUCGCUGGUGGAGGAUUGUCCAUCACGGGAUCCCACAACAUGUGCGGCGACUACCUGUACAGCGGCCACACCGUCAUCCUCACCCUCACAUACCUGUUCAUCAAAGAGUGUGAGUUCCUGGCUGUUCCUGGUGUAUAAUUCCGUCCUGAUUGAGGGAAUCACUGUUGUGCU